UAAAAGAUUGUUGAUCUUGAUUUAGAGAAUACUGCCAGCCAGCAGCUCUUUCAGCGCUAUCGGCAUUGACGCGUUAUUCCUUUGAUUAACAGCUCGUUAGACCGUACACCGCUCGCAUUGGCUAUGUAUUCAAUAUUCUAUUUACUAUUUUAUCAACUUUGCUUUCAAUAUUUCGGUAAUGAGUUAACGUUCGCUUAUGCGAAAAGUUUUGUAAAAAAAUUGGACGUGAACAAUGACCCGGCGGUUAAUAUCAACGAUGAGAACACUGAACCAAUUAUUGGUGUAUUAAGUCAAGAAAUUUCUAAAUUAAUUUCGAAAAAAUUUCCCGAGAAAAAUUAUAAAAGUUAUAUAGCCGCAUCGUAUGUGAAAUUUGUUGAAAGUUCAGGUGGCCGUGUCGUACCGAUAUGGAUUGGCCAACCACGCGAGUAUUAUGAAGAUAUUAUGACAAAAAUUAAUGGGAUCUUAUUGCCGGGUGGAGCCACAUAUUUUAAUCAAUCAAAUGGUUAUCACGAUGCUGGCCGUUACAUAUAUGAGAUUGCCAUUGAAAUGAAUGAUAAGGGCAUUCAUUUUCCCCUAUGGGGUACAUGUUUGGGCUUUGAGUUAUUGGUAUACUUAUCAGCUCAUCCAAAGGAACCGCGCACGUAUUGCUCAUCGCGAGCCCAAGCUUUACCCCUAGAGUUUGAAAAAGACUACGAUAAGUCACGUUUAUUUGGUAACGCAAGUGCGGAUAUUAUUCACAUUUUAAAAACAUAUCCGGUUACAGCUAACUUUCAUUUAUAUUGUUUUACUCAAGAGACAUUUGCUGCCAUGAAAUUAAAUGAAAUUUGGCGGGUAAUGAGUUUAAAUCAUGAUUGGGAUGGCAUUGAAUUUAUAUCAACAAUAGAGCAUCUAAGAUAUCCGUUUUAUGGCACACAAUUUCAUCCGGAAAAGAAUCUUUUCGAGUUUGUUAAAAAUCGUAAUAUUACGCAUACGUCUCUAGCGAUAACGGCCUCACAAUAUUUUGGAAAUUUCAUGGUGAACGAAGCACGACGUAAUCAUCAAUAUUUUGCCAAUCGCACUGAGGAAGCGAAUAAAUUAAUUUAUAAUUAUAAUCCGAUAUAUACGGGCAUAUUAGGUUCAUCGUUUCAGCAACAGUAUCUGUUCGACGAUGUGGAUAAUGCAAGCGAUACAGUCGAUAGUUUAAAUACAAGUUUAAUUAUAUUUUCAAUAACUUCUGCAUACACUGCCUUAAACCUAAGCCGAGAAGUAUGGUUAUGAAAACUUGCAAGAUUUUUU